AUGAAAGAUGGAAAUAUUGGAGAGACAUUGUUGAAAAAACAAUAUUAUGAGAAUUGUCCUGGUUGUAAAGUUGACAAAGCAAAAGAGCUCAAAACUGAUGUUUCAUUUCGAAAUCUCUUGAACAUAUGGAUGGUGGUUUUAUGCAGCUCUCUGCCUAUAUCAUCUCUCUUUCCUUACCAAUAUUUCAUGAUUAGAGAUUUCAAUAUUGCAGAAAGGGAAGAGGACAUAAGUGCUUAUGCUGGUUAUAUGGGAUCUGCAUACAUGCUUGGAAGAUCUUUGACAUCAAUAUUGUGGGGAGUCAUAGCAGAUCGUUAUGGUAGAAAACCUGUUGCAAUUUUAGGGGUUAUCUCGGUUAUCAUUUUCAACACACUAUUUGGCCUUAGCACAAGUUUUUGGAUGGCUGUUACAACACGGUUUUUUCUUGGAAGUUUAAAUGGUUUGCUUGGACCAAUGAAGGCUUACUGCUCUGAAAUUUUUCGAGAAGAAAAGCAAGCUUUUGGACUCUCAACUUUGAGUGCAGCUUGGGGCAUAGGUUUAAUAAUUGGACCAGCUUUGGGAGGUUAUUUGGCUCAGCCAACUAUAAAAUACCCAAAUCUAUUUCCAAAGGAUUCCUUUUGGGACAAGUUUCCAUAUUUCUUGCCUUCCAUUUCAAUAUCAGCUUUUGCGUUUGCGGUAGCAAUUGCCUGCAUCUGGCUUCCGGAAACAUUACACAACCACCCUCUUAGCAAUGAGUCCAUUGAUGGUGCUGAGGCUUUAGAAACUGGAAGAAAUGGGAAAGCAGGCAAAGACAAGAUAAUCCAAAAAGAUGAAAACCUCUUCCUAAACUGGCCCUUAAUGUCAUCUAUUGUUGUGUAUUGCAUUUUCUCACUUUAUAAUAUUUCUUAUCAAGAGGUCUUCUCAUUAUGGGCGGUUAGUUCUAGAAGGUUAGGUGGUUUGAACUUCACAACUGGAAAUGUUGGUGAUGUUCUUGCAAUAUCAGGUAUUGGUCUUAUUGUCUACCAACUUUCCUUGUACCCAUCAUUAGAAAAAACUUUUGGACCUGUAAGAUUUGCUCGCAUCUCCGGGGUGUUAUCCAUUCCUCUUUUGCAAAGUUACCCCUUCAUAGCAAUGCUUUCUGGAAUCACAUUAUACCUAGUGAUUAAUAUUGCUUCUCUUCUGAAGAAUCUUCUAAGUGCGACCAUAAUCACCGGCUUAUUUCUAAUGCAAAAUAGAGCAGUGGAACAACAUCAAAGAGGGGCAGCUAAUGGCAUUGCUAUGACUGGAAUGUCAAUAUUCAAAACAAUUGGUCCAGCUGGAGGUGGUGCAGUAUUAGCUUGGUCACAAAAACGGAUGAAUGCAUCUUUUCUCCCAGGAACUCAUAUGGUCUUUCUUGUCCUGAAUAUUGCUGGAGGACUUGGAGUUCUAUUGAUGUUUACACCAUUUUUGACUGAAAAGAAGAAAACACCCUCUCAGCAGUUACACUAACAUAAAUGAAUUUUAGCAUGGAGAUUAUGACGACCAAGGAUGCUUGUUGCUAAUUGAUAACAGAAAAAUAAAGGAUAUAGAUUGAACCUUUUCUCUAUAAAAAUCUUCUUUAGAGAAAAAAGGUGAGAAUU